GUUACACAGUUGGCCUGUCAGGGAUUGUCUGGAGAGCAGCUGGCGUGCAGGCUGACCUGACAGGAGCGCUGGCCUCUGGGAGCCCCGGGGUCAGCCGUGUUUCUGAAGCCAGAGCCAUGACCUGAAGCCCUGAUGACCACUGUCAGGGUCUCUGGGCGGCUGGCCAGUGCACCAUGGAACUUAAGGUAUGGGUGGACGGAGUCCAGAGGAUCGUCUGCGGCGUCACCGAAGUCACGACUUGCCAGGAGGUUGUAAUAGCCUUAGCCCAAGCUAUAGGUCGGACCGGAAGGUACACCCUGAUAGAGAAGUGGCGCGACACCGAGAGGCACUUGGCGCCACACGAAAACCCCAUCAUCUCCUUGAACAAGUGGGGCCAGUAUGCCAGCGACGUGCAGCUCAUCUUGCGUCGGACUGGGCCGUCCCUCAGUGAGAGGCCCACCUCGGACAGUGUGGCCCGGAUCCCCGAGAGAACGCUGUACCGGCAAAGCCUGCCUCCCUUAGCCAAGCUGAGGCCCCAGGUGGACAAGUCCAUCAAGAGGAGGGAGCCGAAGAGGAAGUCCCUCACCUUCACGGGCGGCGCCAAGGGGCUGAUGGACAUCUUUGGGAAAGGGAAAGAGGCGGAGUUUAGGCAGAAGGUGCUGAGUAGCUGCAGGACAAGCUCGGAGGAGCUGAGGCGGCUGAUUCGGCUGCAGACGGGGAAGCUGCAGGCCAUUGAGAAGCAGCUGGAGUCCAGCGAGGCGGAAAUCCGAUUCUGGGAGCACAAGUUCAGUUCCAGCCUGGAGGAGGAGAUCAUGCGCCUAGAGCAAAGGAUCAAAAGAAACGACGUGGAGAUCGAGGAGGAGGAGUUCUGGGAAAACGAGCUGCAGAUCGAGCAGGAGAACGAGAAACAGCUGCAGGACCAGCUGGAGGAGAUCCGACAGAAGGUCACGGACUGUGAGCGCAAGCUGAGGGACUACCUGGCGCAGAUCCACGCCAUGGAAAGCGGUCUUGAGGCGGAGAAACUGCAGCGCGAAGUUCAGGAGGCCCAAGUCAACGAGGAGGAGGUGAAAGGCAAGAUUGAAAAGGUCAAGGGGGAAGUGGACCUCCAAGGGCAGCAGAGCCUGCGGCUGGAGAACGGCAUCAGAGCCGUAGAGCGCUCUCUGGGGCAGGCUGCCAAGCGGCUGCAGGACAAGGAACAGGAGUUGGAGCAGCUGACCAAAGAGCUGCGGCAAGUCAACCUCCAGCAGUUCAUCCAACAGACAGGGACAAAGGUCACGGUGCUGCCGGCCGAGCCCACGGAGAUCGAGGCCUCACAGGCAGACAUCGAGACAGAGGCGCCGUUUCAGUCUGGGUCCCUGAAGCGGCCUGGCUCCUCCCGGCAGCUGCCCAGCAACCUCCGAAUUCUGCAGAGCCCCGUGGCCUCCGGCUUCAACCCUGAGGGCAUCUACGUUUAACUAACGCUGUCUUGGGGCAGGACCAGCAAGGUACCACGGACAGUGAACUCCUUGAGUUUGUGCCAAUCCAACAGCGUGUCUGUUCAAAGCCGCAUCCUCCCUGCCAGUCACAAGCCACUCGGAGCCACGCCCUGUGCACUGAUGCCGACACAGAGCCUCUUCACACUCGCAAUAUUGCAGUACUGACACGCGUCCAGCAGCUGGAAUGCAAAGCCUUUGUUUUUAUCUGUAGCAUUUGAGAGCGUUAAAGUGUUAAUCUCUGUUUGUACACGAAUAAACCCUGAGUUAAGAGUGAA